GUCAUGAGACCAUUUGUAGCAGAGACCUCAUGCAAGUCACAUGAACAUUCAUGCCUUUCGAAUUUCUGGCAAAGAAAAGGAUGAAUAGAGAGAAAACCAAGCAGUCAAGAGGACAGGAAAACAUGGGGGACAUCCUAUGCGGAAAUGUUCCCAACCCUACAUGCAAAUGUUGCUGUGAAGAGACAGAAGUCUCAUUACAACAAGACAAUAUUCAGCCCCAAAGAGAGGAGCAAGCUUUUAAAGUAAGUAGAACACGCAGAAAACGACAACCACUGAAUUCCUCACACCCUCAAUGGUUCCAUACACUUCAAAUAUCAAAACCAAGACGACGACAACGCCGCUUCAGUGAUUCUUUCCAAGAGCAGGAUUUUGCUGUGGGAUGUCAGUGGGAAAGAAAAAGUCUCCCAUUUGGAAAAACCUCGUCCUACUUAAACCUGGAGAAGCUGAGUGAGAGUUCUCAUUCCACUGUGUACAAAGGAAUCAGCAGAAUAUAUGGACAGCUAGUAGCUAUGAAAGUCAUCAGCCUGAAGACUGAAGAAGGAGUCCCUUUUACAACCAUAAGAGAAGCAUCCCUCCUCAAGGGCUUGAAACAUGCUAACAUUGUGCUUCUUCAUGACAUCAUCCAGACCAAAGAGAAUCUGACAUUAGUCUUUGAAUACAUGCACAGCGACUUAGCACAGUAUAUGUCUCAGCAUCCUGGAGGACUUCAUCCUCAUAAUGUUAUGCUUUUCAUGUUCCAACUUCUGCGAGCUUUGGCUUAUAUCCAUGAACAUCACAUCCUUCAUCGGGACCUGAAACCACAGAACUUGCUCCUCAGUUGCCAUGGAGAGCUCAAGUUAGCUGACUUCGGUCUAGCUCGUGCCAAGACUCUUCCCAGACAAACAUAUUCGGCUGAGGUGGUGACACUUGGAUACCGCCCUCCUGAUGUGCUGCUAGGAGCCACUGAUUAUUCUUCUGAUAUUGAUAUAUGGGGUGCAGGCUGCAUAUUUGUUGAAAUGCUUCAAGGUCAACCAUUGUUUCCAGGAGUUUCCAACACCCUUGAACAGUUGAAGAAGAUCUGGAUGGUAUUGGGAGUGCCAACAGAGGAAACAUGGCCAGGAGUUUCCAAGCUUCAGCAUUAUAAACCAGAGAGGUUCUCCGCCAGUAAGCCUCGGAGGCUCCGAAUGAUCUGUGACAGGUUGAACAAAACCUCUGAAACUGAAGAUCUGGCGGCAAGAAUGUUAAAAGUUUGUCCCCAAAACAGGAUCUCUGCACAGGACGCACUUACUCAUUGUUAUUUCAGCUCUUUGCCCUUUGAGUUGUACCACCUUUCUGAUGAGCAGUCCAUCUUCACAGUCCCAGGAGUGAAGCUGAAACCAGAAAUGUUUGAUCUCUUUGCUCCAUAUGAGAAAAGCCACCAUCCCAUCAGUUCUAGCAAGUUUUGGUGAAGAAUAAAGGAGUGGAGGGGGUGGGCAAUGAAUGCUAUUGAUCAUCUCUGCUUGAGAGAAUUGCUGAUACUUACUAGCCAAAGGAGACUAAAUUUUUCCUUACAAUGCAGCAUAAUUGUCAGCUUUUGGAGACUCAAAAACAGUGUCACCGCCAUAUGGUACUUGAACCACAUGCUCACAUGCAAGAUACUCCACUUAGGUAGAAAAAAUGAAAUGCAAAGAUGUAGAAUGGGGACGCAUGGCUCGAGAGCAGUACGUGUGAAAAAGAUCUUGGAGUCCUUGUGGACAACAAGUUAAACAUGAGCCAACAAUGUGAUGUGGUGGCAAAAAAAGUCAAUGGGAUUUUGGCCUGCAUCAAUAGUCUAGUGUGUAGAUCCAAGGAAGUCAUGCUCCCCCUCUAUUCUGCCUUGGUUAGACCACAUCUGGAAUACUGUGUCCAAUUCUGGGCACCACAAUUGAAGGGAGAUGUUGAUAAGCUGGAAUAUAUCAAGAGUCCUAAAAUGAUCAAGAGUCUGGAGAACAAGCCCUAUGAUGAGCAGCUUAAAGAGCUGGGAAUGCUUAACGUUCAGAAGAGGAGGCUGAGA